UUCAGGUUUUAAUCCAUCCAAAUUAGUUCAUAGGAACAGUAUCAUGGCUUUAGAGCCGAAUACUACUGAUGUACUUCAAUUACUGUCGAAAAACGAUUUAGAAAAUAUUUUUGAAAUUUUAAAAGCGAAUUUGCCGAGAUCUAUUCGGGAUCAUCAUUAUUUAUUUCACUACUUAAAAAAUUAUAAUGCUAUAAAAGAUCCAUGUAUUGCAAGGGACUUAUCAGCCACUUUCAAACCUACAUUUUACGGUCCUAGAAAACGUACCGUUGGAAAUUGCACAUUUAUUGCCAUUGGCGAAAAAACACCAACGGAUUAUUGGAUAUUUUUAUCAACCCAGGAAGAGAAUGGAGAAGAGCUUAUCGACUGUUUAAAAAAAACUAAACUGAUAGAUUGGUUCGCUGAGCCCAUAUAUUUUAGCUGUGAUAAGAAAUACUACGACAAAAUCUACGAAAUUUUAAAAAUAAAUUCCAACAAAUGGAUUGUUGAAGAACCUGAGGGCGUGUAUUACCUGUCUAAAUUUAAAGUUAAUCUUUUUCCAGAUGCAAUAAUUCCUAAAACUUAUUGUAUUAAAAAAUUGAAUGCAGAAAACGCAAAUGUUAUUGACGAUAAUUGGUCUGCAAAAUAUGCGGGAUCUUUAAAACUAAUAACUAGUUCAAUACAGCUUAAUGGUGGCUUAGGACUUUUCAAUGAACGCGAUGAGAUGAUAACAUGGAUGGUAACAAAUGAACUGAUGUGCCCAGGAUUUUUGACAGUUAUUGAAAGCGAACGGCGAAAAGGAUUUGGAGAGCUAAUAACUAAAGAAGAAUUUAAAAGAUUUGUAUCGCAAUACGAUAUUGACAUAUGCGUUCGCGUUCUUCGUAACAAUCUGGUGUCAUCCCAUUUAAUGCUAAAACUUGGAUCUCAAAAAAUUACUGAAGAAAUUUGGAUUGGAAAAACUUAAUUUAUAAAUAUUAGUUGUUUUAAUGUAUUUUUAACGGUUACAAUGUCAGUUAACAAAUAAAAUGUUUAACAAUAUCCUUAUUCCUAGU